GAAAGCAACAUGGGUCACCAGCAGCUCUACAGGAGCCAUCCGAGAAAAUUCGGCCAGGGUUCUCACUCUUGCUGCGUUUGCUUAAACCGGCACGGUCUGAUCCGGAAAUAUGGCCUCAAUAUGUGCCGCCACUGUUUCCGCCAGUAUGCGAAGGACAUCGGCUUCACUAAGUUGAACUAAGUGUGAACUUCUUGAAUGGGUCAUCA